GUAGUCUCCAUUCCUCUUACUCGGCUGCUCAGGCUCACUGGACUCGAGAAUCUCUACAAUGGCUAAAAAUGCAGUUGAAGGACCAAUAUAUGACCAUCUCAGCUCUCUCGAACGAGCUCUUAUUAUGCAUCUUCGACGAUUUACUACCUGCAACAUUGCUUCAAUGUACGCUUUGCUGCAAACGAUGGUCACGUCUAGCUUCCCCUAUAUUAUACAAGCACAUCGCAUUAACCCCAGAGACCUUCUCUAAAUGGACUAAGAACCCUUCCGACUCGAAUGAUGUGGUUAUUAGUACAUUUACUCUACACAUAAACCUAGUGAGAAACAGGCCAGACGAUAAAACUGAUGAAUUUGACCAACUACAUGACGACCUUCUGAAGCUUCCCUCGCGGCUCGCGAAAAUGGCCAACUUGAAAUCUUUUUCGCUCACUACGUCGUAUGGUGCGUCUGCCAACUUAUGGGUGCCGAGGAGACUGGUUGCUCCGAUUAUUGAUCACCUGCCUCCUACUUGCAUAUGCCUCGAAAUUGAUAUCAUGAGUACGAGCUACGAGACGUAUCCCGACGAUGAUCAGGUACAUUUAUGUCCUUCUAUUCGUCGAGUGCUCCCUCAGCUACAAUUCCUACGAUUAAGCCUCCCAAAACUGUGCCCUGAAGCCUUUGGAUAUGGCUUUACGGCCCAGCCGUCAACGGACAAUGAAAGCUUUCAGCCUAUCCAAAUGUUAAAGCUGGAGCAGUGUUUGAUCAAAGUAGCGCAGACUAAUCUCAUUAUUUCUACAGUUUUCCGCUCUAUAAUAUGUGAUUAUCCCGGCGUUCACACCGUGACCAUUUUAACGGAUUACUUGACCAUAUUAAAGUCUUCAGGAAACGCGCCUAGGCUCCAAAAGCUAUGGGUUAUUGAUGCUCUAUCUUACAAGCAUUAUUACAAAACAUUAGAGGCAUGGGUACGUCGUGAUAUCUUGGAGGGGGAAUAGCAAGACCCUACCAUGCAAAAACUUGAUUGUAAAUGAAACCAGAAAAUUCCAUAGGGAGGCAUGUUUUAUCCGUAUGACAAGAGAGGAAGGUGGCCAAGAUCUUAUAUCAACCAGAGAGGGCUUGCAACUUUUUACAGAAAGGUACGCCUGGGUCCAAGCCAGCAAUGGGACUCGGAUCCCUGGUCCAUAUAUUUCCAAAAAGACCCAUCUCAGCCCGGUUACACCUGUGGUGCGAACGGAAGUGGAAUGGCUUGCAUUGACAAACGUUUCGUGUAACUUAUGGUCGUAUGAGGCGACUAUCGGUGCCCAGCUGUUAGAUGUAGAAGAGGGAGGAUUGACCGAACAUCGCGUCCCAAUGAUUCGGCUUCCCCAAGGCUGGACUAUGGGGUAUGGUGGCCGGCUUCGAGGACCUUGAAAGAUUAAUACCUUAUUCGAGAAUUUUGUUGAACCCCU